AUGGAACUUUACCUGUCAAUCGCCGAUUUCCUUGACCUAGAAACGCGUCUAAGCUUUGCUCAGUCAUUCCGGGCCAUUUUUCUUUUGUCCAACGGUCAUUCCUCGUAUUGGAAGGACGCUGGUAUAUCCUCCAUAACGCUUCCACGACUGGUUGAGGAAGCUGCGCACACGGGCAAGGAGCUACGAGCCUCAGCAGUGAACACGCUCAGAUGCAAGUGGGCAUGGAGACAAACAGAUGUCCAAUCGAUAAGAAAGCUACGAGUUCCACUUCUCAGUGAAAGGGAAAUGUCAUUUGAGCGACAAUUUUUCAUCCCACCGGGCACGAGAUGGCUCUUCCAGUACGGCCACUUGAUGAACACGUUCAAGUCGGAAAUUAGCGUCUUUGACAUGCUCAAAGGGCGAAAUCUUGGUACAUACAAACUCCACCACGUGGUGCUUUCGGCCGCGGGCGUAAGCGUGUCGCCAAAUCAAGUAGCAUUGGCCUUUCUCAGUGCCUCGUCCCGUCGCGCUAACUACAUUGCCAUCUUCACCGCCGACUUUAUAACCGACGGCAGAGGGUCAAUUUACAUCGAGUUUACCGAACUGCGCAAAAUUGAUUCGCAGAUGAUAUUCGAUAUGUGUGUUCUCCGCAACGGCUGGAUUUGCUGGUCCUCCAUGAUCGAGAAGGAUGUGAUGCAGGUGGAGCGCUGGGACGACGAGACAUUGCGUGCAAAAAUACGCUCGUCUGGGGGAAGCGAUUUCCUGAAUAUCAAGAUCGGUCCCGAGUCAAUGGUCGCUCUGACCUCGGACGAUACAUUUGAAGUAUAUCCUCUCCCCACGCGCUCUCCAUCCACUCCAGAUGGCGCGGACGAACCCACAGACAAGAUUCUGAACAGCACAUCAAUCAUCAUGAUGCAAGGGAACGUAGCCUCCGUGUUGGAAUACACGCUCCCGAAAACUCGACGUGCGGACGAGUCUUCGAAAUUUCAUGCCGUCAUUGCCGGAGUGGAUGAUUCCAUCUCCUGGAAUACAUUUCUUCUCGACACUAAAGCAACAACGGAUCAACCGGACGAGAUUGAGGAAACUUCUGUGAUGGCAGAGGAGAAUCUUCCCCCUCCAAUAGAACCCGAAGGUACAACGGCUGGCAACUCUAUCAACAACGGAAAUCCUGUAGUGGAGCAAGAGCCUGUAGUGGAUUCCAUUGGAAACACCCUUAGUCCAAGUACCCUCGAUAACAUAUCGAUCGCACCACCCUUCAGCUACCUCAGCCCGGUCCCCGUGGACUUCUUCGUCGCGUCUGAGUCGGGCAACGCCAUCAUCAGGCCCACCUUGGACAAUCAAAUCUGUCUACGCCGAUAUGGGUGCUCGGCAGACAAAGCAAGCAGUCGACUUUUACUCUCUGGGAGAAAAAGAACGCCAAAGUCGGUUCUUAUGCCCCUUGUUUUCCUUUUCGACGAUAUUUCUGGAAUUGCUCUUACUGCCUCACCUUCGUCGAAUACGUUUGCAGAUCUGCACUUUUUCUGGUAA